GUCUUUGUUUUGACUCGUACUUCCACUACGCUUCCUCUUUCUUCUAUCUAACUGUUUGCAGGGUGAUUUAUUAUCAUUAAACGAAGCACUACUUGAACCUGGGUCUAUUUUUCCUUCAAUUUUGUCAUUUUUAUGAGUAUCUUCCUGCUCAUCAUCCUCAUCAGACAUAUAAGCCCCAAGACGCGCUUGUAAUAAAGCCUUCUGUUGCAUCAAGUCUUCUAAGUCAAUAUCAUCCUCUAUAACAGUUAUUUCUAUAUCUGAAUCAGAUUCAAUCUUCACAUUACUGCUUGCAUUCAACCCAAGAAACACUUCACUAUGACUAGCACAGUCUGCUUUAGAGCAGCCUAUAACUGAAACAUUAUUUCUUUCAGAAUCUCUUUCACUUUCACAAAUAAUAUUUAGUUCAGGGUCAUUUGCUUUCUCAGAUGACAAAAUGUCAGCAUCUUUUGAACAGGCAAGUGCCUCAUUAUUCUGACCUUUCUCUUCUUUGGUAUUUUCACACUCAUCCUUGUGGGUUUCCUCAACAGUUAAGGAAUGACUAGAUACUAAUUUCUGAUUUACCUGAGUUUUUUCUGCAGCCUUGAUUGGAGCUUUACAUUUCUUUUCUUCUUUUACAUCUUUAACAUCAAUUUCAGCACUUUUCACAUUUGCUUUAAUUUUGAUACUGUCUUUGGCAUUUAAAUUAUCUUCAGUUUUUUUAUCUUUAUGCUUUCUCUUUUUGAGAUGCUUCUUUUCAUGUUUAUCACAUUUCUCAUGCUUAUCACUAGCAUGCUUCUUAUGUUUAUGAUGGUGUUUAUGCUUUUUCUUCUUUUUCUUUUUACAAGUGGCAUCUUUAAUUAUGGUGGCAUCAUUUAUGACUUUUUCGGUCUUGACAUCUCCUGCUUCCUUAUCCAUUGAAGCCUCUGAACUGCUAUCCAGUACAUGGCUAGAAGUCAAUAUGAAUUGAGCCAAUUCAUUGGAUGUCUAAUGUGUACAAUGUGUAUACCAUUUAAUCUUGGCCAAUCUUGGGCGAAGAAACUAUAUUUUAUGUUAAAAAAUACGCGUCUUUUCAACACACUCCACUGUUCAUGUAACACCAACUUUAAGGGGGAAGAAAGUUUUAUUCACAGGCGAAGUUGUAACUUCACUUUUUUUUUCAUACACGCUUUCGAACACUUAAUAAAUAACUUAUCAGCAUAGCUUAUCAGUUAGAAAUAUUAAUAGGCAAUGUUUGUUAUAGAUCGUAUUCCGUAAAAUUUACUUUAAAUCCGUAAAUGUGUGCAUAACACUUCGCAAAUAUCCAUGUAUGUACGCUGUUGCAAUUCAACCUCGUUACUGGAAACUUAUUUCUGGAACGUUUAUUAACUUACAACUAUAUUUCUCUUUUGUAAGUGAAUAUUAUUGUAAAUUCAUAUCGUAAUUCGCAAGAUUUCUUCUGACAUUACCAUUCACAGACAGUUGGACUUGUUCAUAGACAAACAUUCCGGUUCCAUACUGACAGUACUGCCAACAAAAACUGUAAUGGCAUCAAUAAACUCGUCAAUCAUUUGUAGUUGAAAUGAUCCAUAAGUGAGUCUGUUUGUUUUAUGACGAAAUAACUAAUAAAUUUUUGCUUCUUUCCAAACAUCUUUCCAUGCAUUUAUGUAAUGGAAAAUAAUAUUCUCACAGAGUUAAAAUAAUAUAACUGGAGAAGAGAAUUGCCGGUGUUUCGAAUUCUUCGCGAAAUUGCUAUUGUUGUGAAUGAAAUUCACGGGAUUCAAGUGAAUCAAUCGCCCAAUAAUUUUAUAGAAAAAAUAGUUGAUGCUGCUUUUUGACGUUGGAAAAUAAACAUUGCAAUAUUUCAUUCAUGAAAUAAACAUGGGGAUGUUUUCUAAUGGUAAUGUUGGUAAUGUUAUGAUCAAUUCCUGUCACUUUACUGUCACUACUAUAAUCACAUUGUAAAUGGUAUGUCUUCUUAAUUGUUAAGAUCAAAUAUCGGAGUUACUGAUUAGGUAUUCGAAUCUGACUGAGGUUUUUGUUGAUCAAUGAAAAAGAGUAUUCACUCAUUGGUUGAAUUAUUUACUGAAUCAUACAUUUAUUAAUAUUUUACUCAAACUUUAUACAUUAAUUCAUUUUUUUCAUUAAGAAAUAAUCCAGAGAAAAGUUAGUAGGAAAGUGGAUGCUAACUUUGGAGAAAAUGAAUUUCAAAUAAUCUAUUUAAAUGGGUGUUAUUAGUUCAGCCGAAUAACACGUAAUACAAAACCCAAUAAAUCGUAACUAUUUAAGAUAAACAUAUUCCAUUAUCAAGAAUUGCUCGAUUUCAUGCCGCCGACAACAUGCAGAUAAUUUCACUUCCAGGCCCCGGCAGCUGUCGCAGGCAUCCAGUUGCACCGCACUACCCACACAAAAAACAACUUCCACUAACUCACUGCAUCCCACUCGUUCUCGGACGGUGUAGUUCGUGAAGCGUGAGUCUCUCAACUUGUUUUAUUAAGGAAGAAUUACACAAUUUGUGUGCAGAAUAUUGGAACAUUUGUAUUACAUACAGAGAAAUGAAGUGCUAAGACGAUAUAACCUGACCAGAAUCGGUCGCAGUGUGCAGGUGGUUGCGAAAUGUAGGAGGUAGUGAAUGUACCCAGUCUGUAGCUGUACUGUUUAACAGGUGGGAUUGACUAGUAAGAAUCUUAUUUUUUGGUAACGAUAUGCAACGGUAAUUUAUUACUCCAGUCAACAAUGCGAAGUGCUGGAGAAAAGUGAAAAUCAUACUAUGAUAUUUAGGAUUGAUAUUUAUAUGGUAAUCUUUGUUAUAACCGUGGUGCAUUCGCUGUGGUUCGUGGGAGAGAAGUGAUGAUCGUAUCCUGAUGGCAGGUUGAUAUCAUUACUUUUUUGCAUUUGAAGUUGUUUUGCAAGUGAUACUUUUUAAAAUUAUGAAAUGACUCAAAACCCUCAAAAUGUGCUUUUUCGGGAAAUCCAUAAGAAUGCGUGGCUUAAAAAGCUUCCCACUGUGGAGAAAAGAAAUGGAGCUUUUCCGAAGAAAGGUGAAAGAGUAUGGGUAGUGUUCUGUGUUCAUGAUGAUUCAGAAGCUUUGCUUGAACUUUAUACUGAUCAGAAAUUGGCUGUGGCUCAUAAACCAGAUUGGUUUAUUUCUCUGAACAAUUGUUUGCAUGUAUCUCCUACCAUAUGUGCCCAGGAAGAUGAGUAUGAAUUUGUGAUAACUUUGAGUUCUGAAGUUAUUCGACUUGCUGCUCCAUCAUGGGAAUUGAUGAUGGAGUGGGUGGAGACUAUAAGAUCAAAGUUGCAAGAAAUGAGAAUACUUUCUCCUCGUGAAAAUUUGUACAGUAGAAUGCCUGAAGCACGAUUACCUCUGGCUCCAACUCGAGACCCAAACUCUCCCCUGCCUCCAACUCCUUAUGGGCCAUCAGCACGUGUACCAGGAAUUGAACCAGUGCAUUUGGAAAACUCAGAUGCAGUUGCAGUAACAGAAUCUGUUGAACCCACUAGUAUGGAUGCCUUAGCUAGUACUUCUGUACAACAGACACAUAGCAGUUUAAAUUAUGAAAGUCGCCCUUCUACUGCCUUUUACAUUACUCAAUCAGAACCUCCAGUAUAUACAAGGCCUCGCCAUGUGUUGAAUCGUGCUGCAUCUGUUCCGGAUUCUCCAUCAGUUUAUAGUUCAUCAUUAUCUCAUUCCCCUGGAUUAAGAAAUCCAUCUAUUAGCAAUGUUACUGUAAUAGAAGUAAGUGCUAAUCAUCCAGUCUCUCACUCUGCACUUCCUUUUGAUUCUGGUGAUGUUUUCAACUUCAAUCUGUUAGAUGAAGCUCUUCAGCCAGUGGCAAAUGGUUCAACAGAAAGUCAUGAAGAACCUCUCCCAGUUGGGUCUAUUGUUACUGAUGACCUUAGUGUACUUCCUGGGCCAUCCAGAACUACUGACAGUCAUAAUAUGUCAUCAGUAACAAUAAGUAAUGACACUUACAGUUGUGAUAGCAGUGGUAGUAGUAACAGUAGCAGCAGCAUUAAUAGUAUUAGUAGCAGUAGGCAGGAAGAAAAUAGUGUUAAUAGUCAUGCCAGUGUGAAUUGUGCAUUAAGUAGCUCCCUUCAAGAUGUUAGUGAGGUAUUGAGUCAUUAUGAAUGUGUUUUCCUACCUACACAUUCUCCUUCUUCAAGUCAAGAAGUUGGAGCAAGCAGAGCACUUAAUGUUCCUCCCAGGUUUAAAUCUAGUGAAACAAAUGUAAGUUCUUCUGCAUCAAGAACUACAGGGGCAGCUACACCACCUCUUGUAAGUCAGCAAAGUUCCGCCCAAUCUUCCAUGCAAACUUCUCAACAGGGAUCCACCUCUGUUGAGUCGCCUACAGUUGGUGCUUCUCAACGGCGGCGAAGCAGAAGUACCUCAGCAUCAGAAGGAAGUUCCCCUCGGGUGUCUGCUAAUUUAGCCGACAGAAACAGGGGUGCAUCUGGAUCUGCAAGUGGAGUGGCAAGAACUGAAGGAGAAAGACGCUUGCAGCCUGCACCACAUCCCUAUCGGCACCUCGGUGCAAUGUUCAGUGCUGACAGUGUGAACGUUGGGCGAUUGACAUUGAGAGAACAGCAAGUUAUGCAGUUGCGUCGAGAAAUGCUGCAUCCUGGUGGUGUGCGGCUGCAGUUGCGGAGAAAGGAUUGCACGAAUUCAAUUGCUUUAGUAGAUGCAUUUGGUGCUGUGUGGGUUGCAGGCUGGAAGCAAAAGGAGCAUCCGAUGCUGUACAAUGCUCUUCACAUAGGAGAUCACCUUGUGAGCACGGGAGGUGUUCCUGUUCAGAAUGCAAGUGAUGCACAGAAAUUGAUUCGAGGAACUUCAAGCCUUUAUGUUGAGUUCGUCAUUCGCCGAGUGCCUUGCGGCCGUGUAUUUGCUAUACGCCGAGAAACAGAGGGCCAAAGUCUUGGCAUUGUGCAGGAAGGUAAUACAGCUGAGAUUCGUGAUGUACUUCCUGGAAGUCCUGCUGCACGAUUUGGUCUUGUUCCCAGAGCUCCAACUUGUGAUGGGCUUUCUCUAACAAAUUGGAUACUGACAGAAAUUAAUGGAAGACCCUUAAACUUGUUUUUUAAAGAUGGGGAAGUUCGAGAUAGACUAAAUGCUGUUGGUAGAGAUAUUUCAAUUUUGGUACAGCCUGCUGAUUUAGUGAAACAACUUAAAAAGCAAUUGAAAAGUAUUCGGGGUUAUAAGGAUUAUAUUGUUCAGUAGGAUUAUAAUUUAUUCUUACUUGAAGUGUAUUGACAUCCAAAAGAAAUGGCCUAUGUCAAGACUUUAUAAUGUUGUAAAUCCCAUCUUAAAAGUGUUCUAUUGGUUAAGAAUCCGUAAAGAUUACAAAGCAAUGGUGAAAUUACAGAAAUUGACUCUUGGUGCCACAGGUAACAUGUUGUGGUCUAUAUUUAGCCUUUGACUAAUGAGGUUUGCAGUAUUUGCUUUUUGUAAACAAAUCCAUUUUAACCAUUCUUUUAUAACUUUUCUGCAUUGAUUAUGUGGGGAAGCUAUUUAUUCAUUUUUGCAAUCACACAAUCCUUCAAAAAUGCUAUUUAUUCAAACAUGUAUAAAUUGCCGAUACUAUAUGUCAACAUUGUGCCUACCAAAGUAAAAGUUUGUCAAAGUUAUCAGUAAUUUAGUAUUUAAAUUAAAUUUAAUAUUGUCAAGGAUUUACCUUUGCGGUGGAAAAAAUUGUCAUUAAGAAUAAUAUUCUUUUAAAUCACAAGAAUCAGGAGAAAAAAAUCAGAUAAUUAGCAGAAAAACAUCAUCAGCAGAAGUUCACCCAUCUCUUUAAUUUAAAAUCAUGUUAAAUCAAGUAAAAAGUGUGUCAGCAUUAGACUGAAUGCAAUAUAAUGUCGAAGGUGCAAUGACAAUUGCAGAUAAUAAUUCUUCUUCAACAUCAUCUUCCAUGUGACAGUCUUUCCAACUACUUUCUUUUUGCUUCACACGUCUCGUUUUUUCUUAGAUGACAGUGUGUUCACUCAGCUAGAGUAAUGCUUUUAUUAACAUGACUGAAGAAUUAAUUUACUAACAGAAAUGAAGUUUUAAAAAUGAACUCACCAUGAUUUGAUUUACUGCAAUGUUGUGGAUCCAAUUUUUCCACAUGUGGAACAACUAUGUGGUCGAAUUUGGGCAAUGUUGAAGAAUAGGGAAAACAGUGCUGCUGUUUUUGUUCCUUUAACUUGUGUAAUCACUAGCACUGAGCAAGUCUAUGUCAUAUACAGAAAGCUCUCAAAAGAGAUCAGAGGCCAAUCUCAAGGGAUCCCUUGUGACCAAAGAAAGUUUGUUGGCAUUAAUGAAAGAAAUCCAAGACUUAACAUGUAGAACCAUCUUUCUUUUAAUGGUUUCUCACGCGGAGUUCGAGUUCCUAUACUUCCUGCUUGACAGUGUGCCUCCACAUGAGGGGAAAGGCAAAAAUGACUGUGCUCGGUGAAUUGAUUCUUAUUGUCAACUCCUGAUUGAAAAUAAUAAGACGUUUCACUUUAGCAUUAGAAGCUUUUAAUUUCUAAUUUACUGGAACUACUGCAUAGUAAGUACACAUGCAUAAAAUUUUACUUACAGCCACUAUUUAUUGAUUGGAAAGGUUUCUUUCUGGAGAAAUUUAGAGAUAGACUUUGCUGUAUGCAUACCACAAAGACUAAGCAUAUAAAAAAGAGAUUCAAAGUAAACAAAACACUGGAGUGAACAUGAAGUGGCUGCUGUGUAUGAGAAUGAUGUCUAGAGUGUAAACAGUAAGGACCGCGUUCUCUACAAUUUCAGGGAACUUAUUAAAAAAAGUCUUCCAGCGAAAGUUGAAAAAAGGAAUAGCUUGGCAAAUACUGUUCAUAUUUACUGCAAUGAUGGAUCUGUUUAUUUUCUCGCCCUUCAUAGAGAAUAAAGUAUCAAUUCUGUGCCGGAAAGCAGUGAAUAUUCGACAGAAAAUCUCAUUAGUUGAUGGGCGAAAAGUGGCAUAAAAUCAUAUUCCAUGUAUAAAGUAAUUACUUAACUUAC